AAAGUAUUUAAAGUAAAAUAUUUCCAAAAAACAAGAGCAGUUCACUUUUAAGAAGUGAUCUAAAUAUUUAAUUUAAAAUUUUAUAUUCAGAUUGGAAGCGGAAACUUGAUUAAGGACAAUGAAGCCUUUAAGAAGUAUAUGCCUUUUAAUAGGCUUUCUAGCUUUGGCUACAGCUAAUUCUAUGAACUGGCAAUCUAGUCGAAAUUCUAUUAAGAAUAGUAUGAAACCAACUGAUUGGUUGUCAUCAUCUGAAUUGGAAUCUUUGCCCUCUUUAAAUGAAAUCUCUCUGAAGAAAUUGGAAAGUAUGUCGGUGGACGAAGGUGCUGAUAUGCUUAAUAAGUUGUAUCACUUGGCUCAAGUCAAUGAAGAAUUUCAACCCAGUUUUUCUCCCAAGCCUAGUGAAAUUCAAACCCACUUGAUUACUCCCAACAAUCAGAAAAUCAGUUUUAAAUUAAAUGAAUUACCCAAAAUUGCCAAGGAAGCAAAGAAUUUUGGUGAUCAAGAGGUGACCAUUUUCAUUACUGGUCUACCCCAAAAAACCGAAAGAAUCAAAAAAGCCACUCGCAAAUUAGUGCAAGCCUAUAUGCAACGCUACAAUGGCGAACAUCCCGAACCAGCUAAUGUGAAAUAUGAAGACUCAAGUGAAAACAGAAAUCCCAGUUCUAGCGAAGAAGAUUAUUCGACUUCAUGGAAGAGUAAGUCUAACAAACCGGAUGGCAAUUUGGUGAUUAUUGAUUUGGGUUCAUCCUUGCCUAACUUUAAGGCUUAUGCCACAUUGGAUAUUGAAGAAACUGGUGAUAAGAUUGGUGAUAUCUUAGUGCAGCUUACCGACAAGGCUGAUGUUCCUCAGGAAAUUAUACAUGUUAUUGGUUCUAAUAUUGCUGCUCAUGUCGCUGGUGCUGCUGCUCGUCAAUAUACCCGUGAAACUGGUCAUCAAUUGCGUCGUGUUACUGGUUUAGAUCCCUCCAAAAUCUACGCCAAGAAAAGCCAAUCAUUGACUGGUUUAGCUCGAGGAGAUGCUGAAUUCGUCGAUGCUAUCCAUACAUCAGCUUAUGGUAUGGGCAUUGCAACCCGUUGCGGUGAUGCUGAUUAUAUGUAG